AGCGGGGAAACGUUUCAAACGCGGAAGAUGUGUGUUCGCGCAGCUCGAGCGCUGUUUACUGGGGCUCCCUGGCUGUGAAUGUACGUCCACGGACUCGCGUCGCCAAGCCAAACAAAGUUAUCUGGAUGGAGAUCGUUUGUUACAUAAUUUACUGGAAAUAUAGUGUCUGACAGGCUGGAUUAAUUUCAGCGGCUCGCCACACUCAGUAUCGCAGCGUGUGGCCCCUCGGACAGAGGUGGGAUAAUCUGAGCCCUCCUGGCACCUCGAUGCCCAAACAGAGGCGGAGGUCCCUGAGAGAGGCGGUGUUCUCCCGUUCGUCUCCGGUUUGCGACGGAUCAAGGAGAGGUGGAGGAGGAGGAGGAGGAGGCGCAGGAAACUUUUCAUCCACAGAGAUUUGUGAUGAUCAAGCACAGAUGGCGGAACAGUACAGCGGGCAAGCAGGCUUUCUCUCCGACGCUAACCCGGGGAGAGGGUGCCUAGUGCCGCAGGUGACCAUCACGUCUGAUGGGGACUCACGGGAGAUCACUGAGGAGGAUCUGGACGAGGUGGUGAACGGACGGCUGCGCCGUAAACUCUCCAACUCCUCCAUCUCCUCCAACGGCUCCUCCACGGCGUUUGACGAGUCGGAGGAUGACAUCCUCAGCGACAACGAGACCAAAAGCAAAGGCAUCGUGACUCUCGAGCAUUUCGGGGACUCGGUAGACUCGGGAGAGCAAAUAAAUGCCUGGUGGAAACUGAAAACUAUUGUCAAUUGCCCUUUACUGACCUCACAGCGAAGACGACUGUCCUGGGUUCAGCUAGCAGGCCAUAAAGGCAGCUUUAAAGCAGGGGAUGAGGGCUCCAUACUGAAGAAGUUCUCAGAGAAUGAGAAGCUGUGUUUCGAGAAGCUGAAAGAGGAUGCUUUACAUUCUUUCGUGCCCAGCUACUACGGAGUGGUUGAGAGAGACGGAGAGCAUUUUCUCAAAAUGAAAGACCUAUUGGCCAAGUUUGAUUUGCCCAACGUCAUGGACUGCAAGAUGGGAGUGAGGACGUAUCUGGAGGAUGAGUUGGUGCGGGCAAGGGUGAAGCCAAAGCUGCGUGAAGACUUGUAUAAUAAGAUGCUGGAGGUGGACAACGAGGCUCCUACGGCGGAGGAGAAGAAACAGAAGGCUGUUACCAAACCACGCUAUAUGCAGUGGAGAGAAAGUCUCAGCUCUACAAACACUCUGGGCUUCCGCAUUGAGGGUAUCAAGAGAGGGGAAACCUGCAACACAGACUUCAAAAAGACCCGUUCAAAGGAAGACGUCAUUCAAGUCUUUAAGGAUUUCGUUGAAGGCAAUAAAAACAUAAUUAAGUCCUAUAUUACAAGACUUGAAGAUAUUAAAAAGGCACUGAAGGUCUCAGAGUUCUUCAAGAAACAUGAGGUAAUUGGGAGUUCGCUUCUCUUCAUUCACGACCACACAGAGAGAGCUGAAGUCUGGCUCAUAGAUUUUGGCAAGACCACACCUCUCCCAGAAGGACAGAACCUGGAUCACUACAGACCCUGGGAGGAGGGCAACCGAGAAGACGGAUACUUAUGGGGUCUGGACAACCUGCUGCAAACCCUUUCCUCAUUAGCCAGGGAGUGACCUUCCUACUGCGAACUUCUCACAGUCUGAGUGACAGCAACAGCAUGCUGAUAGACACUUAUAAACCUUCUGCAGAGCAUUAUAGGAAGGCGACCAGUGACAAAGUCCAUUACUUUACAGUAUUAUGCUGUAAAAGCAUUUCAUGAUGAUCAUGGUUUUAAAAAAUGCAAAUCUGUCAUCAUCAUGAAUUAUGGCAAAGUCCAAAAAAAGGUUGAAAACAACAUUUAGUUUAGCCUACAAAAUGAAUUUCAAGCACUUAGGCAUAGAUCUUUUAAUCAACGUUUUUAAGAUCAUAAGGAACAAAAUCAGUCACGUUUGUCCAAUUUUUUGGCUGGGUUUGCAUGCUGGUAUCUAAUAAAAUCAACUGUUCAUUUCUUCACGCUUCAUAUAAGACAAAAUCAAAGCUAGUUGCAGGUUAGUAAGCCCAGCAAACACUAGUCAAACAAUGGAUGUUGCACAACUGACUGUUUCUUAAAGUACCAUCAAACUAAAGUGUGCAGCACAUGCAUUGAAGUGUGUUAUGUAGAACGCAUAUACAAUGUGAAUGAUGCACAACACUAGUGCUUUUAUAGUCCAAUAGGAUGAUAUUAAUCGCUUUGAAUGCAGUGGUCAAUCAAGGGUGGUCUUAUAAAUUCUCAGAUGAUUUCAUGGAUAUAUUCUAUUGGUUUUAUGGUUUAAGAACCUGGGUUGUUAUUUUCUAUACCUGCACACCACUGAAAGUGUUUCAUUAUUAGACAAACUUAACCUUGUGACACUAUUUUGUUUAGGGGGGCAGGUGAAUUUUGUUACAGUGUUCCCUGUGCAGUAUGUUUAUGACAAAUAAAACAUCUGCUCAAAUCAUUCUAGAUUUCUGACAGUCAUUUUAGGCUUUCAUCUCAGGAUUAUAGUCAAAAUUGAUUUAUUUAGGGUUUGCUAUUACGCAGCAAUGUCCAUCUUUUAACAUAAAAAAAAUACAGGUAGUACAAGUAACGUUAAAAUUCACUUUAUGUGAUGGUAUUCAUUUCUAGAAAUGAACCCCUGCAAAGUCUUCCAUAAAAAACAAGACACAUGCAGAA